UAUUCCCAAGCAUUACCUACAGGAAAAACGCGACGAUUGUGUUUGUAUUUCACUUGAGUGUGUCUUUCCGACACGCAUUAAAGUUUCUGGAGUAUUCUUCCUUAAUGGGUGGCGUUUGCACAGGAAUGAAACUAUGUAAAUAAUAUCGAGUUUGCAGAGAAAAUCUGCUCAAGAAACGUUCAGUUGUAUGGUCUACUUGUAUUGAAACAAGAUAAUGACUGAAGACCUUGAUACAGGUCAAAAUCUGGUUCGCCGUAGCAGUCUUGGCAAGGGACAUAAAAAACGCCAUCGCUUAAGUCGGAAAAAAUAUGAUGGACUCAAUUUUGCUGAUGAUACAAUUGGUGUUAGUGAUAUGGUUCUACUUGAUUCACUCACUGAGGAGAAACUAACAAAAAAUCUUGAAAUUCGUUUCAUGAGUGGGGAAAUUUAUACUUACAUUGGAAAUGUUGUGGUAUCUCUUAACCCUUACGAGAAACUCUAUUUAUACACAAAUGAUGUCAUCAUGGAGUAUAAAUCUCGAAAUGUUUUUGAAAUGGCACCUCAUUUAUAUGCUGUUGCAGAUUUAUCGUACAGAUCAAUGCGUGAUCAUAAUAAGGAUCAGUGUAUUCUUAUAACUGGUGAAAGUGGUGCUGGGAAAACAGAGUCGUCAAAGAUAAUCAUGCAGUAUGUUGCUGCUGUGUCUGGAAAAGGACAACAAGUGGAUAAAGUUAAAGAACAUCUUCUUCAGUGUAAUCCGAUUCUUGAAGCAUUUGGAAAUGCCAAGACGUUGAAGAACGACAAUUCCUCGCGAUUUGGUAAAUACAUGGAUAUUGAGUUCGACUUUAAAGGGGAACCUGUUGGUGGUGUUAUAACAAACUAUCUUUUGGAAAAGUCGCGUAUCGUAAGUCGUACAAGCGAAGAAAGAAGUUUUCAUAUUUUCUAUCAGCUGCUUAAUGGAGGAUCCGGAGAGCUUUUGCGUGCUCUUGGCUUGGAAAGAGAUUGUGCAAAAUAUGCUUAUUUAAAGGAAAGUGGUUGUGUCUCUGUAAAAACUAUUAAUGAUGUUGAAGAUUUUCGUUAUACCGAGGGUGCAAUGAGAGCUAUUGGAUUCAAAAACCAAGAAAAACUGUAUAUUUAUCAGCUUAUUUCGGCAAUUUUGCAUCUUGGCAACGUUCGCUUUGAAAAAGCUCGUCUUCAGAAUCAAUCGGAAGGUUUUAAUGAAUCAAAGACAGCCAAAGUUUUUGAUUUUGAUGCUGUGAGACAUCAAGUGAGAUAUUUGGGUCUUUUAGAGAACGUCAGAGUUCGCAGGGCUGGGUAUUGUUUCAGACAGGAAUAUGCUGUUGCUUUAGAAAGAUAUAAAAUUUUGUGUCCCAAGACAUGGCCUACUUGGAAAGGUGAUCCUAAGCUUGGUCUUAGCGAAAUAUUUACUUUUCAGAAGAUAAAGACAUCGGAAUUUGACUUUGGGAGAACGAAAAUCUUCAUACGUAAUGCACAAACGCUGUUUGCUUUGGAGGAUAGAAGAGAAGAGAAACUACAAGAUCUUGCUACUGUUAUACAAAAGCGUUAUAAAGGCUUUAAAGAGCGCAACAAGUACCGUAAAUUGAAGGAAAGCCAAAUUCUCAUCAGUAAAACAUUUAGAGGAUACCAGGCUAGGAAAGAUUACAAAACACAAAGAGACGCUGCCAUACUUAUUGCAUCUUUUGUUAAAGGCUGGCGGAUAAGAAACGAGUACAAACGUUUCUUCAGAUCCCACGCCACUGCAGUUAUUCGACGUUGUUGGUUGUCGUAUCUGAUUACAAGGUUUCUCAAGAAGCUAUCGCGCAAAUUACCGUCUGAGUCGCCUUUGGAUCGCAAAUGGCCAUCUAGCUUGGAAAGGUUUAGAACGGCAAAUCAACUUCUCAAAGAAAUGUAUCAUCGAAAUCGGUGUCGGAAAUAUAGACUGAAAAUGUCACCUGAUAAAGUGAAAGUAAUGAAAGAAAAAUUAAAGGCUAGUGAAUUGUUUAAAGGACAGAAAUCUUUGUAUCCAGAAAGUGUGGUUGUGCCGUUUAAAGGUGAUCAUGUAAACUUAUCAAAUGAUAGAAAAUGGACAAAUAUUGCAAACAGCCCAGCUGUGUUCUUCUCAGAUUACGUUACAAAAAUCCAUCGUACCAAUGGGAAGGCCGUACGUCGAGUUCUUGUCGUUGCCUCGGAGUCGUUACUUUUGUUGAAUCCCAAAAAUUAUAACAUAAAGUACAAGAUUCCUUUCACCGAGAUAUAUUUGAUAUCUGUUAGUCCUUUUUAUGAUCAACUCGUUAUGUUUCAUGUAAAAAAGAAUAUCCAGAUGAAAUCUUUGAGCAAGGGAGAUUUUCUCUUUCGAACUUCUCAUGCCAUUGAACUCGUAACAAAAAUUUUAAUGAUGAAAAAACCAUCUCACGAGAUGAAUUUUCAAAUCAAGCCAAGAAUCAAAGCAGAUUUCAAGUCUGAAGUUGAUCUUAGCUUUUCGACGUCGUUGUCAGAAAACGAAACACCGCGUGUUCAACGUCGAGGGAAAAACGCUUUCAACAUUGCUGUAUAUAAUAAAAACAACUAGAAUUAUAGGAAUAGAUUAAAACUAAGUAUGUUCGUUUGUAAUUUCUGAGGGAAAAGCCUCUUUACUACUACUAUAAAUAUAAUUAGAAUAAUUUGUAAACAACUCCUGCAGAAUGUGUAAAUGGUAAAAAUAUUUAUAUUUUGCAGUAUGUUUUUUAUCUUUUUGAAUAUAGGGUAAAAAGUUAGUAAGUUCUAUAAUAUUAUUUUAAUUGCUGUAAUACAUUUUGAGAAAAUAAAGAACACUCUACUA